AUGGAUUUAAGAUUUUUAUACGAUACGACUGGUAUUAAUAUUCUGAAACCAUAUGAAAAAAAAAAUUCUUGGUUAGAAUGGUUUCGUUUACGACGAAGAAAACCAAAUUCAGAAGAAGAAAUCAAUGAAAUUCAUGAUCUUAUUCUCAAUGUUUAUGAAUCAAUGGAUGAUCAAGCUCGAGCUGUUAUUCUUUCUCUGUCAAAAAUAGUUGAAGAUGAUGAUAAGUCAGUAACAAUAGAAGAAAAAAUCAAAGCUAUCAUUGCCAUCGGUCAUUCACUUUGUUGUGCUCAUAUGCAAGUAAAACAUUCAACACAACUCUAUUCGAAAAUAUUAGUUCGAGCAUUAUCUCAUCAAGAUUUACGAAUGCGUUUAGCUGCUAUGAUUGCUAUUGCUGAAACAGCAAUUGAUAAUUUAAGUUUUCAAAUGAAAUUAAAUGAAAUUGAAAUUAUACCAAAUUUAUUCGAAAUAAUGAAAAGUUCAAUACCAUAUGCUGGUCGUACACUUGAUGAUAUAAAUGAACAUACAAAGUUAGUUGCUUGGAGUUGUUACACAAUUGUUAAUAUUUGUGCUAACUGUAUGCCAAAUAUUCUUUUGUUAAAAAAUAUUAUACCUGUUGAACUCGAAAUUUUAAAUGAAGCUAUUCAAAUGGAAGUGUGGCGUUAUGUUUGGCGUGAAAAUUAUGCUAGAACACUUGUUGAAUUUGCUAAUUAUGAGCAAACUUCUCAUAUUAUCUGUAAUGCUAUUCAACCCAAACCAUAUUUAUUUGAAAAUAAUCAAAACCAUAUUGAACAAUUACCAAAUAGUAUACCAUCUUCUAUAAAUUAUCAAAGAUGUGUAAUUCUUUAA